AUGGCUGAACCCCAGGCCGACAUGAGCGACGUUGCCGCCGAGGCCGCCGCCGACUUCUUCAACCAGAUCUUCGGCGUGAUCAUCGAAGCUAUUUGCCGCUUCGGCCGCAAUUUCUACAACUCCUUUGCCGACGUGAGCGUUGGCCGCUGGACCAAGACCAUUGGCUCCGUGAUCUUCUACAUCCUCAUCCGUCCCUAUAUCGAGAAGUUGUUCAAGCUCUUGUACGACCGGGACCGUCGCAAGGAAAAGGAGAAGAAGGAAAAGGAGAGAGCCGCGCUGAAAGGCAAGAAAGCCAAGAAGUCCGCCAACUCUCUGCGCGCUGGUGAGACCGGCAAGGUGCUGGGCGAAGUUGAGACUGAGGAUGAGCUUGAGGAGGGCGAGGAGAAUCUGGCUCUGGCCAGUGGUGUGCCUGAGUGGAACAAGAUGGCUCGCAAGCGCCAAAAGAAGCACAUGAAGAACCUCGAGAAGCAGAAUGGCAAACAGGCUGAGGAUCUUUCUGAGGAGCAAUUUCUGGAGCUCCUUGACUGGAGUGAAUCGGAGAACGAGGAGGACAAGAAGAAGGCUUGA